GUACAAACUUUGCAUGAAAUAAGCCUAACACUGUCAAAGUAUCAAACAUCAAGCUAAUGUGCGUUUGUUUUUAUUUUCGGUCAAUUUUUUACCAUGUUUUUGAGUUCAAAUCAAUGAAAAUAUCGAAUUAAUUUCGUUAAAUGUGAGGAAAUUCAGUGCUUUGAUUCACUUUUAUGAAUAAUUUAAUGGAAUAGUGAUAUAAUUGCCGCACAAUGAAUAACACCGCGAGUUUGCCGUUGUGCAUUCUCGAAGAAAUCGGACUUGAAGGCUUAGAAGGAAUCACACUCGAAGGAUUAUGGAAGCGAAUUGGUGUUCGUCUGAAGCUUCCACUGCCGCUGAAUAGCAGAGUCACAAAUGAUAUUUGGAAAUUUAUACAAAGUGCAAAGUGUUUGCAAUUGUACGAACUGCCAGAGGAGCGUGAACCUUUGAAACUGUUCGACCGUGCCGAUUCGGUUGAUCCACUAUUUGGCGCUACUGAACCCGAAACAUGCCCCUACAACCAUUACAAAUACAAUCCAAUUAGCUAUGAGGGCAUUCGAGGCUCAUGUGAAAAUUUUGAUGCCAGAAAAGAAGUAGCAAAGGAAGAUCUUUUCGGAAAAUGUGUCGAAGAAAUUGAGGAAAGUUAUGGUCGACAUCUCAUAAUAGUUGCUUCGCAAAGCUUACGGAAUUCAUUGCUGAUACCGCCAACGGUUUCGAAAGAGGUAGAAAUCACCAUAUCUACCUAUUGCAUCUUGGAGCGUGUCGGUCGUUCGCGAUACAAUGGCGAAUUGGCACAAGGAAAAUACUCUUUAGCCGACAUCGGCGGCGAUCCAGUCACUUUUCACAGUCACAAAAAAAAACUACAGCGCAAUAAACUGAUUGAAUGCCAAUCAUUUUCGCAAAAUGUCGAUGGAACAAAUACAAGCAAUCAACUGGUUCAUUUGCCCCGAUUUUCUGCGCUAUUCAAACCGCGUCACAUGAUAAUCAUGGAGAAAAUCAUUGGCAUUUUGAAGUCAAAGCCAAAUUGUAUGGCCGAAUAUCAUGAGGUGAAGGGUCACUUUGAAGAAGGCUUGCAACGCACUGUGUCCCGUUUAUUCAAGAGUCCAUUCUUUCAUAAGUUUGUGCUAAGCGAUACGAGAGUACCAUACCGAGCAAUUUACCCAAAUGCAACCGAACGCGAGUGGAAGCUAAAACGUGAUGCAGAACGAACCGUAAACGUAUUACAGCUGCGUGAUCCGAAUAUUGAGCCGGGACAAUUCAAGGACAUGUACGAAGGAUCAACCGAUCCGGUCGAUGAUGAUGAAGAGGGAGGCGGCUUUUUGGAUUGGUCACACACAAUUCGAGACUUACCAUUGUUGCAUCAACUAUAUAAGCUCAUCGAUGAGUCAAAGGAAAAAGGUGUCAGUGAAACUGAGAGCAACGCAUUUUUAGGGCAAUCAAAACUCAACGGCAGAGCAUUGAUGAAAAAUUUGUUGAGAGAUAAGAUAAUCGAAUACUAUACUACCAGUCAUAAACGACAAACUAUUAGAAGAUACAUUUUGCCGAAAUACAACGGUAAGCACAAGAAAUCGGUUGACGAAGUGGUCCAAUCAUCGGAUGAACAAUCUGCAGCAGAGACGUACGACGAUUCAUUUAUGGUGGAAAUGACAGAGCCUAUAGUGAAGGUUGAGCAAAGUGAAAAUAUUGAACACAUUGAAGAAAUUGAAGUGGAAGUCGAAGAAAUGCAAGAUUCUACGGAGGAUUUUACACAAGAUGAUGCUACGGAAGAUGAUGCUACGGAAGACGAUACACAAGAUCCUACCUACGAUGAACACUUUAGAACCGAAGAAGAUAACGAAAGAGAUGAGCAGAAAAGAGCAAUUAAAAACCGUAUCGAUGAAGACAUCAUUGUGAAAAUCACCGAAAUCAACGAAACAAAUCACGGCAUACCGAAGAAACGACUCCUCAAAGAGAACAAAUUAACGGACAAAAAUAAGGAGAGGAUAAAAUUCAUUGCGCGUGAAGUCCACUCAAAAGUUUUGUUCGAUGAUCCAUCAAAGUUGCUCAAUACAUUGAAACGGCAUGAGUCGGCUCGCGGUCUCACCGAUAUUAUGUGUCGUAAAACAUUUUUUCGUAUACUGACAUUCAUGUGCCAAAAGGGGCAAUUGCGACUGUGGCGCAUUGAAUUCCAGUAUAAAUCGAAACAUCGUUCGCUCACGUAUGUGAGCAACAAAAAUGUCGACUCGAAUUUCUCGCUGAUGCAAUCGUGCAUUGAUCAGGCCAAAUCUCGAUUCCACCUGAACAUUUACGAGGAGGAGUGUCGAAAGGAAAAUAAAAAGAUCAGAUCAAGCAUAGCAAAGUCAACGGACACGGACACGGACACACCGGACGAUGCAGAUAUGCAAAAGAACCAAUUGCAAAAGUUGAACAAAUCCACAAAUCCAUCGUUCAAUUAUGGAAUCACACCAAAGUUCAUUCGAUUGCGAACGUUGCACGAAUUUAUGUUUUACCUGGCUCGUGAGCACAAAUCGAUUGAAUUGGUGGAUCAAAAUGAAGUCGUUGCGAAGCUAAGAGAAACCUCACCGGUUGCUUUUGAGGAUAUGGAUGAGGUGCCAAUGAUUUGGAACGCAGAAAUCGGUUGGCGAAUGUUUGUGCCGCCAUUGAUCAAACACAAUGGCUUCGACGAAGGCUGGUGCCUACUCUCUGACUGUAUAUUCCGGAUGCCACUUUCGAUUUUCGUCAAAGUGGUGAAUAUUGCCUAUGAAAUCAAGGGUUUGGAUGAAUUCAUUUCACAUCCGAUUAAAAAACACUUUUUGGUCAAAGAUAUCCCGGUGCGACUGCAGCAAAUGUUAUUUGCACGACGAAAAUACGUCUUUUCCCUGUUUGAAUUGCUUCGUCGAUUGAUUUGCAUUGGAUUGGUUCAAGCCGGACCACAUCGUUCGAUGAAAGAUCAAGCAUUUUACUAUAUGAAUCGAUUUGCUUCACUCAUCGACACAUCGAGCUCACUUCCGGGCACGUACUAUGUGAGUGAACAAGAUUACACAGAAAUGGUCUACCAAUUUUCAACGCUUGACGAUGUGUUUACCUUCUGGGAUGAUAUGCAUCGCAUUUGUAUGAGCACCAAAUUACAUCGAAGACCAACACAUGCCGAUCAAACACCGGCCGACAAAGUGAUUCCAUAUAAAUUCACGCCGUACUUGAAAGCGAUUCAACCGCGACAGGCUAAAGAACGUGAUCGUGGCGAGUUACCCGGUGAUCAUCGAGGUGCCGCUGGAUUGGAUUCGUACUUUUUCGCACAUCUUGAACGUAAUUGGGCAUUCAAUUCGAUCAAAUGCAGACCAAAAGCACAACUUAAAAUUAAAUCCGAAACAACACCACCAACUCGAUACCAACGCCUUGUGCGAAUGACACGAGAUGUGAACUUGAAGAAGCAUGAAUCUAGAAUGACUCCAAUUCCACUGCACAAAUUAAAAUCGGCGGCUAUUCGUCGGCGCGUGCCAAUCGUGCGGAAGAAAACGACAAUGCUGAAGAAAAAACGAGUUCGCAACAAAUAUGAUGAUAUCGAUCGAAUGGCACUGCAACACAUGAACAAAUUACGAGUGGAUUGGAAUCCACAAGAGGAUAACUUUUUACUUUUGUGUAAGGUUGCACAAAUGUACUUGAAUCCUAGCAAUCGUCUUUCGAUGCCCGGCCAAAUGGUUCGUGAUCUCAUCCACUGGCACUGCAAGUCACUCAACAAAACGUCAUACGCGUGUCGUCGUCGCAUCAAUUACAUCGUUAAAAAGCUGCCGAACAGCAAUCAAAUCAACAACAGCAUAGUGAUGUGUCUCAAUGAAAUCAAAAGCAACAAAUCAAUCCAGAAACGAUUUGGUCAGCAUUUUAUUCGAAAUCUGCGCAAAGUCUAUCCCGACGAAAACGAAUUUGACAAAGCAUUUAAAAUCCAUUUCAUUGAUUUGGUGCACAUGUUGAGCUGUCAAUUUUACAAUUUGACCAACAGUUUUGAGUCGAAUACAUUGAUAUUGCCGAGGACGAUACAAGAGUUCAAUGCGAGAUACUGUGAGCGAAAUGAUUCGGUUUAUGAUUCGAACACGAUUCGAUAUGAUGCCCCAACGUCGGUGGAUGACGUGAAAAUUGCACAAAUUGUAACAUUGAUCCAUAGUACAGUUUGCUGUUCGUACGAUAAAACAUCAUGGAGCAUUCAAUUGUACGAGAUUUACAAAGAUUUCCCCGAGAGAAUGCUGUCGACCGCAAUGCGCAAGGUACGCUCAGACCAAUUGAUAUCACAGAAUAAGUUGAACAGUAAUCACAAAGUGCAAAAUCGUUGUUUGCCAUUGAGCUCAAGUGGUUUUCAUCUGUCAGCCACUUAUCAACAACAAAUGACCACAAAGAUCUCGUACGACAUAUUCGACGAUGCCUAUGAAAAUAUCAAAAAUAUUCUGGAAGAUGUUAACGAUCGCAAAUGGUCACACAUUCUGAACUUGUCAAAUAGUGCCGUUUGUUUCUUCAUUUCGGAAUUGUCACAGCAGAAGAACUAUGCAAUCAAUAUCGAGAUACCGAAGCGAAUUUUGCUAUUGGAUCCCAGCAAACGUCUUCCAGAUGAAUCUUUCGAAGGGAUUUAUGCACGAUUCCACGAAAUUUUCAACUAUAUUCCAAAGGUUGAUCUAACUGGUAACGACGAUUCAACAUUUGAUGAUUUCAUUUCGAAACUACCAAAUGCAGAAGAUAAAUCAUCAUCGACCAAUGAAGCAAAGAAUAUUGUUAAGAAGUUGGAAAAUUUGCCACCCGAAACAUUACACUUCUUCUGUAUCGUUGACAACUUUGGUGUGUCAAAACCAAGGACUCAAAUCGAACUGACGGAAAAUGGCAAGUGUCCUUAUGAUUGUUUGAGAAAUUUGGAAAAUCCACUCGAAAAUAUUAUGGACAAAUUGGUUGCGAAACGUGAAGUUUGGUAUCGAUUGAAUGUCGAACAAUUUGAAUUCGAACCAUUGCCAGCUAUUGUAACUAUUGAUGAAAAUAACAUUGUCGCCGUUUAUAAUUUCCUCGUGCUGAAAGGAGCCAAUACGACUGACGAACAACGAACUACCAGUUUGGAUCUGUUUAAACAGAUUUCUGACAUUGCUGACGAACUUUUACUCGAAAAUGACAACGAAUUUAUUGACGAAGAUUUUGGCGCUGAAUAUGAUUUGCGCAGCGAUGUGAAGAAGAGAUUAUAUGAUGGUGCACAAAUCAACGAUAAAAUCCAUAAAUUUCAUGACUUUUUGUGCGUUAACACAUGCAAAUUGUCGCUAUCACCAGCAAAGGAAGCUAACGACAACAAUGUUCUUAAUUUAAAUACGCUUUGCAAGAAACGUGAUGAAAUUCUCGCGAAAAUUGUGGUAGAUUCAAAUUGGUCGCCCGACCUGAAGUCGGACAAGGAUUUUGUGACUCUGUUAAAAGAGAAGGAUAUGAAUAUGACGGAAAUUCACAUUGCCGUUGAUGUUUUCAAUUAUAUCGAUUCGCAAGGUGAAACUGGCGCUAAUACGGCCGAUCUUAUCGAACGAUAUGAGGACAAAAUAUUUUUGCAAAAAAUUCUGGAUUAUUUCAAUGAGGCGAAGCUAGUGAUGAAGACGGGCGUAUGUGAGGUUACUUAUGUGCAUUGGAAACACAUCAAACCAUGGGUGGUUAAUACGUACCACUUAAAACGCCUUGAUCGGGAAGCGACUCCACCAACGAACAAAAGUCUCCUACACAUAGCGGAUGCGUCAAGCACCCCAAUUGCAUUAAAACGAAAAGCAAGUGAAUCUGGUCCAAGUGAUACAAAACGAACAAAAGUUGAUGAUGAAUCGACAAGCACCAAAGAAAUACAAACAAAUACUACCACGGCAGCGGAUGAAAGUGCAGUUGAUUCUGCUGCGUCUGCUGUUCUGUCACAGGAUGAGCCAACAAAAGAGCCAGAUCCUGAGAGCUCGAGCAAAACAUCCGAAUCGGAAUCGGCAUCGAAGCAAACGAAACCAUUGCAUGAUUCAAUCAUUGAGCACGGUGAACAAAUGGAUGUAGAGUUUCUUCCACAGAUCAAGAAAACAUUCCCGAUUAAGAUGGCACCAUGGAUUCGGGUAAAUGGAUCAGUGAAUCGUCGUGUGCUUGACAAAUACGCUGGAACAAUUUUGUUGCAUUGCAUUGAAAACGUUGGAUUAACACUAUUCACCCUAUGCACUCGGUUCCAUUAUCUGCUGCCGAUUCAUGUUUAUGAAAUUGUUCAAUAUUUGGAAGAAUUUGGUUGUAUAACGAAAACUGCCAUGGCGAAACGGAAACCAAUCACCUUGUUCUCGAAAUACGAAAGCGUUAAAACGGGUAAGAAUAUUUUGAUACAAACGUUCUUUCAAUGGAAAGGGAUCCAUUCAUCUUUCUAUUUAGGACCAGCUACGGAUUUGGAUGACUUCAGAAAUAUUGUGAUUGAACCCACCAUUGAUGCCGUCACAAAAAUGUCCAUAUUCAUUGGAAAUAAGAAAUACAAAGAAGAUUUCAUUUAAAAAAAAAUUUACGUUUCUGAUAUUUUUUCGAAAGUCCAAGACAUUUUAAGAGAAUAAACAUUUUUGUUAGAUAUAAAA